AUGUCUUCCUCAGAUGAAGAGGUCGUUCGCCGUCCAGGGCGCAGCACGGAUGCCAGUCGUGUCCAGAGCCCGUCUGCCAGCGAACGCAGUGCUAGUCCCAAUGGCCGCGCAGAGAGUCCUCUCGGAUCGGACAAGCUCAAUGCAGAUGACGAUGCAGACCUUUUCGGUUCUGACGGAGACUUAGAAGAGCCCAGUGAACGACCCAGACGCACAAUCGACGACGAAGAGCUAGACUCGGGGGAUGAUGAGGGUCGCUACGACAGAGCUGGGGACCGCAUGGAUUAUGACGAGGGCGAAGAGGGAGGUUACAGAGAGACACUCAAUGUCAUGGACCUAAAUCUCGGACGUGCGCCCGAACCAGAGUCUUCCAAUGGAGAGGUGUAUACUCUAACCGUCCCGAACUUCCUGUCAAUUGAAACGGAAGAAUUUAACCCAGAAACCUACGUGGCACCCCCGUUCUCGACAGCUUCCACUUCACUGUGUUGGCGAUUCGACCCUAACGACCCGUCGAGUCUCCAGUCCAAUGCUCGCAUCAUCCGGUGGGAGGAUGGCUCCUUGACUCUACAGCUCGCUUCCGCACCACAGGAACAAUACAGAAUAUCCUCGAAGCCGCUUGCACCGCUCAACAAGGCCGGUGACUACGAGUCAGAGUUCGAUGCUCAUGCUUACCUGGGAGCCGCUGCUGAGAGGGCGUCCGUCUUCCACUUAACGUCCCAUCUUACACACGGUCUCACGAUUUUACCGACUACACACGAAACAGAUGAUGCUGUGCAACGUCUCCAGGAAGCAAUGGCUGCUGCUGCUCGCGCAGGCAGGAAGAACCCUGACGGCACGGUCACCGUCAUUGACGUGAAAGAGGACCCCGAGCUUGCGAAGAAACAAGCAGAGAUGGCUGAGCGGGAGAAGCUCAAAGCUGCUCGCCGGCGACAGCAGCUGGCAGACCGCGACCUGGACCGGGGCCGUCGUGUCGGUAUGUCAUACCGUACCGGUGGAGCUGGUCUCACUGUCGGUGGACUCGAAGACGACGACGGCAUGAUGACAACGAGGCCCCGUGCAAAGAAACCACGCAAGCCCAACCGCCGCGGAGAGAUCUACACAGACGAAGAAGAAGAAUACGACCGCCGUGGCCGCACCAGGGAAGACGAGUACGACGAAGACGAUGGCUUCCUGGUUGGCAGUGACGAAGAACCCGAAGUUGUUGACGAUGACGAUGAGGAGGAAGAAGAGCUGGAAGAUGAGGAUGCUGAAGGCGAACUAGACGACGAUGUGGCUCCCGCAAAGUCUUCACGAAAGGAGAGAGAAGCAUCGCCAAAGCGGAAGAGUCCAGAGCCCGCUGGCGGUGCCGGUUCGCCGCCGGUCAGAAAGAAGCACCGCUACGUUGUCGAGUCGGACGAAGACGAAGAAUAA